AACUUUCAGAUACUUCAUCUCGCAUUUGUAUUUUGUCAUUCGGAAAAAGAAAAACGGGGAAUAGAUUAUCAAUGAAGGAGACAGAGUCUUUUGCAUCUUGUACUACAUGUCAGCUAUUAAUUAUUCUAUCGGUGUUUGCUAUUUUAUUAUUUCUCUUGUCACUAAACUCGAGGUGUUUAUAUUUUAUUAAAAUGGUCGGCAUCUAUUGUGCCAUACUGAUUAAUGCUGUGAUCGUGUGUUUAGUUUGGCCGUUGUACUUUUUUGGCGACGUGCCGAAAUUUGUUUUCGAUUCUUUUAAUAUUCUCUCAAGAUGGACAAAUAUAGAAGUUAUCGUGCGAAAUGGUGACAUCUUGCAGAAACCGGGGCCAUUCGUAUUUGUAUGUAACCAUCAGAGUUCGAUCGAUAUUGUUGUGUUAUCGCAUUUUUGGCCUUCCAAAUGCACGGUGAUGAUGAAAAAUUCAUUAAAAUAUGUACCGUUUUUCAAUUUUGCAUCAUUAUUGAGUCGAGCAGUAUUUGUCGAUCGCUUCAAUCGAGAUAAGGCUAUACAGUCGUUAGAAGAGUGUGCAAAGAAGGUUACGGAGCAGAAGCUGAGUGUUUUUAUAUUUCCGGAAGGCACCAGAAAUCAUGGUGAUGGAAUGAUUGAAUUCAAAAAGGGCGCUUUCAACUUAGCUGUUUUUGCGCAAAUACCAAUUGUACCAAUAGUUAUAUCUUCUUACAAGCAAUUCUAUAACAAGAAUAUGCGGUAUUUCGCAGAUUCAGGCUACGUUAUUGCGGAAAUUAUGGAUCCCAUACAGACUGUUGGUAAAACAAUUCAAGAUGUUCCUACAUUAACGGAUGCGGUUCGUGCUAAAAUGUUCGAUGAAUUUGCUAAAAUUAGUAGAGAAGCAGCCGAAGAAUUUAGGAAUCGGCAAGAACAGAUCAGUGAGAUAAAAAAAAUCUGUUAAGGAUUGGUAACUACAAGAAAAAUUAUUGAAAUCUCGCACUAUUUUCGUCAUCCUAUAUCAUUUAUGUGGGUUUUCUUAACUUUUAUUUUCUCUUUUUUCAGUGCUGAAUACUAACAUUUGUUUUUUCCACUGUCAUUUUGUACUGUAUCGAUGUUUCUUUAACGAGAUUUGGUAGCGUCGUGUUCUGAAAAUUCGUAAGCAC